UCAGCAUCCACAUCCCACCACCUCCAUCACUUUCACCGGUGAUCUCUCAAACUUGAUUCCUCCUCCUUCAUCGCAAUUUCAAUUCGUGCUUGUGCGCUUCUCAUUCAUUAUAAGGUCACUGCUUCCUAUAUUGCUUGAUAUUUCACUACCUAGAAUUACAGCAUCGCGAACACUGGACACCGACCAGCCAUAUACUUACCCCACUAAACACACAUUCACACACAGCAGCAGCAGCAGCAGCAGCAAGCAGCAGCAGCAAGCAACCGCAAAUAUGACGCCCAAAUACCCCACACUCACCCCCGAGCACAUUGCUCAGUUCCGCGAAGUGUUCGACAUCUUCGACAAGGACCACACGGGCGACAUCACCGCCGAAGAGCUGGGCGUCGUCAUGCGCGAGCUGGGGCUGAACCCCUCCAAGGCCGAGCUCGAGGACCUGGUCAACGAGGCCGACACCAACAAGGACGGCGUCAUCAACUUUGAGGAGUUUCUCAAUCUCAUGUCGCAGUCCGUCAAAGAAACCGAUUCCGAAAAGGAGCUGCUGGAGGCCUUCAAGGUGUUUGACAAGGACAACUCGGGCACCAUUUCGACCGAGGAGCUUAGGGCCGUCCUCAAAAGUCUGGGCGAGGACAUGACGGAUGCGGAUGUGGAUGAGAUGAUCAAGUUGGCGGAUAAGAAUGGGGACGGGCAGAUUGAUUAUGCCGAGUUUGCUCAGAUCAUGAAAUAAGCGAGCUGAGGCCGUGAAAGCGAUACACACCACGGGGCAGAUUUCACUUCAGUCACCUCAAGGGUGACAAACUACAUGCCAAAUCAGCGAACGAUAUCGGACUCGCAGGAACGGGCGCACACACGCUGCGGAAAGGGCAGAUAGCCUGGCAGCUCAGGAGCGGCAGGCAAGGCUGCGGGAUGCGAGCUGCAGAAGCUGAGGCAGCGCGGCUAUUUUACCAACGAGCGGAGAUAUGUACGUAUUCACACGCAGGAACUCUUGCUACUACUGUUCGGGAAAUGAGCAGGCGGGCGUAAUAUACAGGACACACAUGGUAUGGGCUAAGGUCUGGUUUGGGAUAAGUUAUGAAGGCCGGAGGCUUUCAUUCAGACAUACAACAAUUAUAGUUUCAUGCCUUGAUUGCGUUUCAUCAUCAAGUUAUGAGCCCGUCACUGUUUGAUUUGCCUUGGUCGCGUACAGUGAGUGGCAUGCGUUGCGAAGAAGGGUAAGUUGCAUAUGCCUUGUCAGAUGUUGACAAGCAGGUACCAAGCAUAUAAGCCGGUCUGACAAAUUACAGCGUUUGUGACUAACAGCCAUGGUUGUAGAUAGGAGAGUUGUGGCCAGUCGCCAAAGCCCAUGGAGCCAGUUUUCGAGGUGUCUUCGAGUCAUUGAAUGAGAUGCUACCUACUCAUCGAUAACGGACGAGUUUCACCAUGAGAGGUGACACGAUAAUUCAGUACGUGAAAACGAUAUACAUACAGUCCAGUACUGGUUUGUUUGUUAGUUCGAGACCUCGUGUCAACUUUCCUAUGCAUUUUUAUACCUAAAUAAUAAACAAGUUAACCUUGAAUACGCCAUCGCUAACCUUCAAAGUACUGUAUUAAAUCCAGCUAAUGCCUUUCAAUCUGUCCGUGUAGGCUUUGGGACUCUUCGAAAUAUAUUUUCUCUAGUGCACACAAUAUAUAUAUUGUACAACUAGGAGUGCCUAGUGUACCAAGCUA